UAUGAUGUGGUUAGCUGAUGGUUAAAAACCUUAUCCAGGCGCUGUAAGAUCUGGCAUGUGUCGGCAACGCCUGGGCAGAGGACGAGCCCUGUAACUGGAGCGUGACUAUUGCUCAAAACUGCACUUAUUGAUGCUCCGCUGUUCACGACAGAUGAAGAGAGUGGACAUGUCAAUGUAUGUUGACGUAAAAGCGACAACAACCGUAACGGCGCGGGGACGUCUGCUUUAGAGAAUGCCACUGCAAUCAAAUAUCACGCCUGCAUUAGUUCAUAGCAGUGGACAAGUUGGACUAUUUGUUCUGCUUGUUAGGUAUCUAGUGUUUAACCUUGAAUCAUAAUUCUGGGCCUAUAUCCAGCUCCUUCGUUUGAUUAGAAAAUGCCUCGCGUACAGAAUCAACAACCCGGAUUUCUGACUGAAACUCCAAUGGGAUCAUUCAAGAAGAGGAAACAGAAGUCCAUCAUGGUCACUGUGAUGUUGCUCAUUCUGUCUGUGCUCAUCCUUGUCUUUGGACUGGCAGCCACCACCAGGACACAGAACAUCACCGUCAGUGGCUACUACCCAGGAAUCCUUCUGGGCUUAGGCUCCUUUCUCGGAAUCAUCGGAGCCCAUUUGAUAGAAGAUAAGAGGCAGAUGCUGGUGGCGUCCAUUAUGUUCAUCAGUUUCGGAGUGGUGGCUGCCUUCUGCUGUGCCAUUGUGGAUGGGGUGUUUGCAGCAAGACACAUUGACCUUAGACCCUACUACGCCGGUCGCUGUGAUUUCCACGCCAAUUCAAAACCCUCUGUUGAUUAUGAAGAUGUUCACUGCCAGACAGCAGCCCGGGCUACCUGUAACUUACGUGUGAAAUCCAAUACCUGUUACUGCUGUGACCUCUACAACUGUGGCAAUCGUCCACCCACCUCUCCCGCACACUGGCCCAGCCGUGUGGAGCUUAUGGGGGGCUACCAUGAGUAUACGGAAGUGGGGAGCUGCGAGGACGUGGUGCACCUCUACCACCUGCUGUGGUCCGUCAUCAUUCUCAACAUUGCCGCUCUCUUCCUGGGCAUCAUUACCGCCGCCGUGCUGGGAGGUUUCAAGGACUUGACGCCCAUGCUGACCCCUGACUUGUCUGAAUCAGAGCCCCUUCCUGCAGCCCCUUUCACCUUAGUGUUUCCAGCUCCCAGCAGCCCCUCGUUCAACCCCAAUUACAACAUUGCCCCCUACCUGCCACCCUACACUGCCUACGACCUGCAGGGCUCCAGCAUGAUGUUCCCUGACUCUUCUGGCCUGUCUGAUGACUCCCAGUCAGGGGCUAGCCACAUAGAGGCCAGCCGCAUGUGGCCCACCCUGGUCCCCCCACGCUACUCUCCCCCUUACUUCCCCCCCGAUGAGAAGCCCCCACCAUACAGCCCCUAGGAGAGUGGCUGGUCCUGGGAAAGAACAGGGGAGGGCAUCCAGCAUCAUCUCCUCUUUUUCCAGCUGCAUUAACAACAAUGGGCAUUGAUGGAUGUUGGUGGGCCUUGAAUAUUAACCUGUUUGAAAGAGAGCUGCUGCUACAUCUGGUGCUCCAUACCUUUCUAAAGCAGCCAAGCCUGCCUGGGCUUUGUGUAUGCAGAGACAAGGAGUUACUGGAAGAAAAAAAUAGCAUGCGUCACUGAUGUGACUAGAAGCCAGUGCCAUUUGUCAUAGGAGGGCUGCAAGGUUCAUUCAUCCCCCAAUAAGUAUAGCCUGUUAGGAUUCAGUUCAGCCCAACCUGGAUGGAGCGGGGGAUAUAACAAGAUGCUGCUUGCCCUACACACUUUUCUCAGCAGACUCUCUGUCGGUGCCAGUUCGCUCCCUACAUCUUUCCCUUGGCCCAAACUAUUCUAUGUUUGCAGGGGUCUGGAUAGGUAUAAACAGUGUAGUGGGGGAUGUAAACAUCCUAUCGUUUACACCUUAAAGUUCUGCAAACAUCGAAGAGUUAGAGCCAAGGUGCGAAUUGGGAUCGGUUGUACUUGUAUCAAAAACAAGCUUACCUCGCUCAAGAUACCAGGACUGUCUACAGAUGUGCCUUAUCCAUAUCUGUCGACUCUCAGAGAAGCACCAGUUAUCCUGACCAGAUUAGAAGCUCGCCACCUUGGACAAUGUGGUCUCCUCCCUCUGACUCGCACCUCAGUCAGUGUCUCUCUCUCUGCCUUAGUAUAGUAUGAAUGCUUUCUGUCAAAAGUGGCACUGUGAUUGCUCCUUAUUUUUUGCAUCUCCUUUAAGUGACAUGACACUGGUGUCAUGGUUUGGGAAUGGUUUGUCUGAUUCGGGACUGAUUUAUACGCCUUGGUAAAUGUCACAUUGAACCAGUAUUAAUACUGUUAGAUUGCUUUCAAGCUCAACUUUUUGUGUAUUUCCAUUAGGACUAAAAGUGUAUAGCUUGUCAUUUACUGUACAUCAUUAGAAAUAUAAUCUGUAACGUUGCUUGGACAUAUGUAAAGGUACACAAUUGUAUCUCGUAGUGUAAUGUAAAAUGAAGGUAUUGAAGCAUAGAUCACAGUUCACCCUAUUACUCCUUAUCUCACAUUGUGGUUUGCAGAUUGUGAGCAGGGAUAUAGCAGAGCCAAUAAGCCUUUGUUGUGGGGUGGAUUGGGGGGCAAUCUAUGGAGCCAGAUACCUGCCAAAAGGUUGAACAUGCGUAUCAUUAGGAUCGUAAGAAAAUCCAUAUGUAAAUUGUUUUGGAUCGUAAGAAAAACCAUGCGUGAAACAUGAAACUUAAACGUUAAAAUAGAUCUGUCAAUGUACAAACCCUAUGUUACGAUUAUGAAUUAACAUUUACAUAUUCAAUUCUUACUUUACAUAUCCCUUUACAGAUCUUUUUUAUGCGUACAAACUUUUGUCAGUAAUGUGGCAUCGGCAAAGGACAUGAACCGAAUGUAGCUAGUCGAAGUUAGCUAGUCAAUCAAGCAACUCUAGCCCGCUAUCUAAAUAUGCCAUGCUGUUGUGUGUUAUAUAAUGGAAUCAUUUCAUUUUAUAGCCGCGUGGGGCUUUUGUGGUGAUCAUGUAAUCUAAUGAAUCACACUUUUUCCAGUAUUUGGAGCACCUUAGGCCUUACAGUGGGGGAAAAAGUAUUUGAUCCCCUGCUGAUUUUGUACGUUUUCCCACUGACAAAGAAAUGAUCAGUCUAUAAUUUUAAUGG